AUGGCCAACCAGGAGACUCAGUCAUUUGAGGACGAAGUGGCACUUGUACGAUGUCUUGACGAAUUAAUUAACCUUCGUAUGACAGGCGAACCGACCGAUAUGAUGAUGGAGGUAAGUUCAUAAAUAAACUUCACUGUUCUUUUCUCAUUUUAAGCUACAGGACGAGGCCAACCAGGAGACUCAGUCAUUUGAGGACGAAGUGACACUUGUACGAUGUCUUCCCGAGUUAAACAACCUUCGUAUGACAGGCGAACUGACCGAAACGGUUAUAGAGGUAAGUUCAUAAAUAAACUUCACUGUUCUUUUCUCAUUUCAAGCUACAGGACGAGGCCAACCAGGAGACUCAGUCAUUUGAGGACGAAGUGACACUUGUACGAUGUCUUCCCGAGUUAAACAACCUUCGUAUGACAGGCGAACUGACCGAUAUGAUUAUAGAGGUAAGUUUAUAAAUAUACUUUACUGUUCUUUUCUCAUUUCAAGCUACAGGACGAGGUCUCACUGCAUGUACACAGGUUAAUUUUGGUCUGCAGAAUACCCUCCCUACGUGAAUCCUUAUGUACAAUGCAUAGGCAAAAGAAGGCUGUCCUUCAGUGGCCAAAGGCUUCCUCUGAGUAAUCACUAGUGUUAUACUUCAACUGCUGCCCAGAGUCGCUAGACCGCUAAUCGAUUAUGUCUACACGGGCCAGCUGGAAGUCAAUGAGGCCAAUGCUACUGGUCUGAUUGUGCUGUCGCAGCAACUCGUAAUGCCUCAGGUGGAAGAGUGGGCGGUGAGUUUUAUGGCCGCCAGGUAGGUGUUACCGAACUCUCUUGAACUCCCAGGUUCAACGCCGAAAACAUAAAAAAAUAUUGGGACCUCGCACAGUUGCUUAAGAGCGAACAGCUAAUGAACGCCUGUUUUCAGCACAUAAAGACAAACUUUGAAGCCACGGUUGCGAGUGACUUGUUCAUCGAGCUGCCAGCUGACGCUGUCUUGUCCAUACUGAGUGCAGAUGACCUCAUCGUGGAGAGUGAGGAGAUCGUCUUCAAAUCGAUUGGGCUUUGGGUAAGUUCACCUGACGAAGUUAAAGAAACGCGACUGGUGCACGCGGAGGCGAUGCUGCGAGAAGUGCGAUGGAAGCAAGUUGAUGCAGACUUUAGAUGCAGACUAUUUAAUGAAGAAGGCUUCUGGAAUAAAUGUGUGGGAUGUUUGUAAGUCGCGGAAGCCUUUCUAACCUCUUUAAUUAUUUGAGAAACCUUAUAGGUCGCGCAAUCACCUGGAUCGAACAUCCGUCCUCGAGAGUGGAUAGAGAGUGUCCGUUUAAUGAUAAACGCAGAAGGCCUCUGGGUGGCAUCUGCCUCGUCGAGAAAGCAGAAACUGGUUGGAAGUACUUGGUCGAGUACGAUGUCGACGCAAACACUUCGAAGCCACUAGCAGAUGUAACACGUUCGUAUGGCGGAGUUUUCGUUGCCAUUGAGAGUGAGUUUCGUCCAUUGGAACUUAUUGGGAACUUUUUGGGAGGCCUGUCAGCUGUCAUACAUGUCUUUGUUUAUUUUUGACUGUCACCUGGAAUAGAUGUGGAACGCGGACUUGCAGAGGGGGCUAGUCGUUAAGUGGCUUGUCUUAUGAUUACCGGCGGGAAGACAGGUUCAGAUGGUCGUGUACGACUGUGUGGGGCAGGUAUGUCGGAGCUGAAGUCGGUCGAGUGGCUUCAGGUCAGCGCGUGUGAAACGGCUCGCUGCAAGGGGGUGAAUGACCUUGAGGCGGCGAGGCCUUGGGCGGGGACACCAGGCAGCCAUGAUGACUGUAGGCAACACUGAUAUUCUCCCGACCAAUACCACAUGCUGUUCCAACCGUCCUCGAUUUUGCCCUAGCGAAUGUUAUUCGUCCGUUGUGUACUUGCAUACUGAACGCAGUUCACAUAUGCCAAUCUUGACAACCAUCUGUCUGCGGUUGUUCUGUUUAGACAUUCGUUUCUCGGCAAAUUCAUAAGGGAUGACAGUGUUUCGCACAUAAAACAUAGUCUUUCGAAUACUGGCCAGAAAUCUUUUGCUAUUGUAUAAGCCUGUGGUACAAGAGCGGUAGUCGUUGUAAAGCAGCAUGUCUGUGCCAGAUCCUCUGACUUAAUGAGAACACUCAUUGUGGGGUAAUUUAUCGCCUUUUCAUGCAUUUUUUCUCACACAGCCGACGCCUUUCGUUGAUGUCCUUGACACUCGUUUUCGUAUCUCCUCACUUCGCCUCUUAUUGCAUUGGAAACAGGCUGCAUCUUCGCGAUUGGAGGAAAUUCACAUGACGGCAGCCUUCCAAAUGUUGACAAAUUUGAUACUAAGGAACUUCAGUGGAGGGAAUGUGCGCCGCUCUCCACGGGACGCCUAGAACAUGCGGCAGUUGUCGUCCCAGUCGGGCAGGAAAAGGUGAUUUGUGUCUUCGGAGGAGAGAACAGUCAGUACCAGUGUCUCGACACAUGUGAAGUCUACUCUCCACAUGAAGACAAGUGAGUAUGCUGGCUGUGGUAGCCGCAUAAUAAAGUACAUGUCGAUUGUGUUCACCGCCAAAAAGGAGGCAGGCUUGAAUGAAUUUUUCUGCCGUAUGAGUGGGAUGGUUGUUAAUCAACUGUGCUCUUCUCGCAGACUCGAGGCCUCAGGGCAUUACGCGCUGCAUUAAGACACCGCGUCUAUCCUCCGAUUAAUCUCCUGUCUUAACUUGGCCUCUAUUUGCUCAGACUUGGCUUUAGUCAAAGGCAAUCGUCUACAGCCAUUAAUAUGAUCUCACUUUCUGACCGAAAGUCCUUAAGAUUUUUGAAAAUCAGAAAGGUCUCUGGUGUAGUUUAAUAGUCUAUUUCUUCCGUAUUCUUUCUCAGGUUCCACAGGCGUUACUUGUAAGUUCAUUAAGGAUUAAGCGAUAUUGAUUCGGCAGUUUUUGCCGAAACUGUACAUUUGGUCUAAGAAUACAUGAAAUUGGCUGAAAAUUUCGACUAAAGAAGUGUGCACAUGAAGUGCCCAAAACGCGAAAAUGUUUGAUGCUACCAACUGCAUCUGAGCGACUUUUACUGCACUGGGCAUUUUCCUAAGAAGAGUGGUUUGAUUGAAAUUUGUGGUUAAGGACGGCGACCUACUGGUAAGAUUUGAGGCCAUAAAACCUGCCAAAACCUUCAGAAGUGGGGCAAUCAUCUCCACUCCACCCCACCCCACUCUUCGAGACUCAAAAGUGGCCCUAAUAAAUAUAGCUAGGCGUCUUUGGGGGUCUCAGAUCUCAUACUGGUUAGACUGCGAUGAAUUUUAUACUAAAGCUAUUUCGGGCUGUACAUCAGUUCUGGGUAGUUCCGAAUAGUUUGAUCAGGUGGCAUCCUUCUGAAGCUUGAAGGUUUAGAAGCCUGUAUGUAAUUUUAUGGUGAGGAAGCCGAACACUGAAUCGACCUCAUUUUCUCCUCACCCAUGUGCCAGCAGCCCGUUCGUUAAGAACUGCUUUAAGUCCAGACCGGACGCAUUGAAACCGCUCUCGCCUACCACGUUACGCGUACGUGCCUAAAUCUCAGUAGUAGGAGCAACGAAUGACACAUUAAUGAGUAGCCAUUGCAGCCUGGUCCUCGAUUCAAUAGGUGGCAGAGUUUUCAUAUCAUCUGACACCCCCCGCCUGUGUUACGUUUCUAAACGCGCUUUUUGUCGGCUUUAAGUUCGUUGCAAUUGCCCUGCUGACUGGAUUCUCAUAAGUAGACCACCGUUGCAGUGACAUAACUGAAUCACCCUUUUUACCGUCGCCCUCAUUUCAGAUGGUAUAAACUACCUGGUUUAAAAGAAAAAAGGCAAAACUCUACCGCUGUUGCACUGCCGGACGGUCGCGUGUUUGUGAUUGGCGGCCAAUGUAGUGGCAAAUCGUUGUCCACUGUGGAGAUGUGUCAUUUACGAGAACCAGCAGACUGGCGCGGACCAGGAAAGUCAUCGGACAGCUUUUGGAAGGCUGCUGCUCCCAUGAUAUACGCAAAUAACCCACGCACAGCAGUGGCAUUCAAGGGCGGCAUCUUUGUUGCCUGGAUCAUCAACAGUAUGUAUCAUUCUUCAGUACGAGUUGAUGUCUUCGUCCCGCCCGACAACCGGCGACCCUUGGGACAGUGGACAUUCCUCACUAAUAGUACCUUGAAUGAGUCUUUUGUUGCUCUCGCAGUUCACCAGGACAGACUAUUUCGUUUCCGUAAGUCCACAGUCCUGCCUCCCCAAUGACUUGAAUUUACUGUCCUUGAGACGGCCUCAGAUCGACUGAAGGGCUACUGAUCAUGAGGCGUUUGACUGUCAAGAUGGUCUAAUGCAAUCUGCUACUUUCAUCCUUUUAGGCAUUCCCCCCGUAUUCUUAUCACAACUAAAAGAUCGGAAGGGCACUGCUGGACAGUCUGGUUCAGUGUACUUUUGUCAGUGCAUUUUCGUGCAACGGCGAUCCACUUUCAUUGCGAAACCCUCGGCUUAAGUCCGUCUCACACGGCUCACGUGGUCUGAACCGUAUAGGGACAUAUAGGCUUUAUAUAUACAUAUAUAUACGUCCCGUUCAUUAUGCCCAAAAGCUGACGAAGAAGAAAAAGAGGCGAUGCCAUGGACCACACUGUUUUCGUGCUGACGUUUCGGAAACUUCCUCGUUUCCAUCAUCAGAGUAGUGGUAGGGUGUUUGUUCCUGCUAGCCCAGAGUUGUUCUGUCUCGCCGCCUGUCUCUUGUUAUAGGCAUGUCUGAUACACGAACUCUGACCUGCUUGCUGGCGGGCGAUUUGUUUAGGUCUCCACGUGGCCGACCGCUGGGGCGCUGGUGUGACCUCUGCCCCCUGCCCGGCCACUGUUGUUGCUGCUAGGUCCGUGUGCCCGUGGGCCCUCCCCCCAUAAUUUGACGGGCUGAUCAGCUGCCGUUGCAUGUGGGAAUCGCGGUCGGCUGUUUGGGGACGUCGGUGGAUCGGUCUCGCCUCAGUCGUCUGACACCCGGCUGGCUAUCUACCCCUGCUGUGAAGGCGGGCUGCCAAAACUGCAUAAACCGGGAGUACCUCUACUCCCCAUAGUCUCAUUACGCGGCACCCCGACCUUUGGACUGUCGAAAUGGCUUUAUCAACGCACGUGGUUCUGAACGUUGAAGUCCUCGGUCAUCUGGUCUUUCAUAUAGUCGAGCCAUAAUUCACCCCACGCUAGCGUGGUUUUGAGCUGGACUAUGACUGUAUGGAGACAGCGUAAAAUAACCCGGGGUAUUAUCGUUCCACUUUCCCCUUGUUCAAUGACAACUAUGCUUUUGCGUAUUUCUUUUAGCCUAGCUUUUUUGCGUCCGACUGAACGAUUGGGAAUUGCCUAGUUUUUGUAGUAUGCUGCCUCAUUAAAAAGACAAAGCAUUCUGAAGGCUGAAGUACCCAAUAUCGAUCAGACUCUGUGAGCUUGCUCCGUCCUGUGGCUGGCCGAAACGGGACAAAUUGCGUGAUACCAGUCGACGGUACUUUGUCCGACAUGAUAAGGUUGUUUUCAUUCAUAAACUACAGUAGAUGUGCUUAUUCAUGAAAUGUCAAGCAAAAUUUCGAAAUGCGUUCUUGUUUCGAAAAGAUAAAUACAGUAGUGUUGUAAACCUAAUCAUGACGUAGCAUAAAAUCAAUAAUGAUCCAGUUACCUCAAGGUGUCGGCUUUCGAAAGAACUUAUUGUCGGCUGCAUGCAGGAUCUAUGCUCUGCAAACAAUGACUGCAUAAGUAGUUUGCAAUUUUCUCAUUGAUUUUCGAAGCCCUUAAGAUUUUUUAAUACCGUUAAAUGGCCAUUCAUGAAACGUAAUGUAUCUGCAUUUACGAAUGUGGCUUUUAAAGUUAACAAUAUUGCUCAAAUCCACUGCUUAAUUUUUUGAACUGCAUAUGUUCUCCUCUUAAAACCGUAGAGAAAUGCAUGGUUUUCCGUACACGGAAAAAAAACAGCUUGUAGUUUUGAAGCCCUGAAUGCAAGCGUAACCGCAGGUCGGGUUCAAAAUUAUUCGGGAAUAAGAAAAGUUUUUUAAAACCGAAUUGUACUCUUCGUUUGAGUAUGAAAUUGGAAGACGACGUGAUUUUAUACCGGAUAAGCAACAGAAUGAAUAUUUUUAUGCAUGUUUUCAUUGAAAUAUAAUUGAAAUUUUAAGGGCUUCGAAAAUCAAUGAGAAAAUUGCAUACUACUUAAGAAGUCAUUUUUUGCAGAGUAUAGAUCUUGCAUGCAACGGAAAAUAAGUACGUUCGAAAGCCGACACCCUGAGGUAACUGGAAUAAUAUAGACUUAUGCUUCAUAAUGAUUAGUUUUACAACAUUGUUUAAUUUAUUUUUUUCGAAACGAGAACGCAUUUUGAAAUUUUGGUUGACAUUUCAUGAGUAAGCAGAUCUUCUGUAUCUAUAUUUGAUGCGACCUGGUAGAUAGUUGUGCACGACUGUCGAUUCUACAGCACAAGAGGAGCUUUUUCGAUAGAUGACAGUCGCCGAUGUGUCGUCGAGCGUAUUUCUUCCAUAAUAGGGCAACUGGUGAUUACUGUUCUUAAGCUGGAGAAGAUGGCGGUUUUAGGGAUCUCCGGUCAAGUUAUUGUCUAAAAGCCAGAUAGGAGACAAUGUAUGCAUUAGCGCUAAAUGCGGCUUAAAAAGUUAUUUCAAACAAUCGAAGGUCUAUGUGAACUCACGGUGUUAUGUUUCUCCGUUCACAUUAUCUUCUCGGUUUAUCCACUGCUGUCGCUAUAGGUGAUGCACUGAUGACUGUGACUGAAUGUGAGUCUGGGCGUUUAAUUGGACUGCUCCCUGGGAAUUAACUUCCAGGUAAACUGCAAGAUUUCGUCCCUAAUGAGACAGUCAAGAGUCGAUGCCAACCCGAUGCGACGGACGGUUGAGGCAGUUGGAACCUUUUAUUCCUUUCCUACUUCAUGCGUAUUGUUUUAAUUAUAUUCAAUGCUUCGUGUUGGUCUGCGGUGCAAGUGAGUUAAGAGCAGCUAGCUGGAAGGUUGGCUCGGCUCUGUUCUCCAGGAUAUGUGAAUACUCCUACAAUCCUAAGAACCCUCGGCAAUAGAUGAGGUGUUGUUUCGGGCCGAUCGAGCCAAGUUCCCUUAAUGAAAUCCUCUGGGCCAAUUUGGUCGAGGAUUCAUAAUUUUACCGACGACUUAUCUAUCGGCCAAAACGGCCUUUCCACCAGCGCACUAUCAGAGCCAACGGUAGUUAUGUGUCCAUCCCUCUCCACAUACAUCCCUUCUUCCCUUUCUUACUCCUUCCCAACUUCUUUGGUUGUUUUGAUCGGUGACACGACCCAGCUAUCCCCUUUUAAUGAAACUUCGGUUGGAAUUAAUUAGUGUCUACUUUCCUUCUUCUCAUUGGAGGUUACGGUGAUAAGCAAGGCGUAUCAGUCACGGAGUUCGUCCCGCCAUCAAGUCGGUCCAUGUCAUCUCGCAAGAAGUUUGACUUCUGGACCUGGUCCGAUCCCAGAAAAAUUGAUUCUUUAAAACGCAUCAAACGAGCAUUUACUCUGUGCUAA